UUUAGCGGCAAGAUGGCGGACCGUGGCGGCUUGGGUGAAGCUGCGGCUGCUGGAGCGUCUCCUGCAUCUGCCCCUGGCCGAAACCCGACGCUAGGCUGGAGGGAGCGACUGCGGGCCGGGCUGGCGGGGACUGGGGCCUCGUUGUGGUUCGUGGCGGGGCUGGGGCUGCUUUACGCUCUGAGGAUCCCUUUGAGGCUGUGUGAGAAUUUGGCAGCAGUGACUGUAUUUUUAAAUUCAUUGACACCCAAAUUCUAUGUGGCACUUACAGGGACAUCUUCAUUGAUAUCAGGACUAAUAUUUAUAUUUGAAUGGUGGUACUUCCAUAAGCAUGGCACAUCUUGUAUUGAGCAAGUAUCCGUAAGCCAUUUGCAACCACUGAUGGGAGAAACAGACAGCAGCAUUUCAGAACCAGGUUCUCCUUCGAGGAGCAGAGAAAGUGAAAUCAGCAGACAGAAUUUGUCAGAAUGUAAGGUAUGGAGAAACCCUCUAAAUCUUUUCAGAGGAGCAGAAUAUAGGAGAUACACUUGGGUGACUGGUAAAGAGCCACUUACAUACUAUGACAUGAACCUGUCAGCUCAGGACCAUCAGACCUUUUUCACCUGUGACACAGAUUUUUUACGUCCUUCAGACACAGUUAUGCAGAAGGCAUGGAGGGAAAGAAAUCCUCCAGCUCGAAUCAAAGCAGCCUAUCAAGCUUUAGAAUUAAACAAUGACUGUGCCACUGCAUAUGUUCUACUGGCUGAGGAAGAAGCAACAACUAUUGUAGAUGCUGAAAGGUUAUUUAAACAGGCACUCAAGGCAGGAGAAACAAUUUAUAGGCAGUCACAGCAGUGCCAGCACCAAAGUCCUCAGCAUGAAGCUCAACUGAGGAGAGAUACCAAUGUACUGGUAUAUGUUAAAAGAAGAUUGGCAAUGUGUGCAAGAAAAUUAGGAAGAAUAAGAGAAGCAGUAAAAAUAAUGAGAGACUUGAUGAAAGAAUUUCCUCCUCUUACCAUGUUGAACAUCCAUGAAAAUCUCUUAGAAUCACUUUUAGAAUUACAGGCCUAUGCAGAUGUUCAGGCAGUCCUAGCAAAAUAUGAUGAUAUAAGCCUUCCAAAGUCAGCAGCAAUCUGUUACACAGCAGCACUGUUGAAGACAAGGACUGUUUCAGAAAAAUUCUCUCCAGAAACAGCCUCCAGAAGAGGAUUAAGCACAGCAGAAAUUAAUGCUGUGGAAGCAAUUCAUAGAGCUGUGGAAUUUAAUCCUCAUGUUCCAAAAUAUUUAUUAGAGAUGAAAAGUUUAAUUUUACCUCCAGAACACAUUCUGAAACGGGGUGAUAGUGAAGCAAUUGCCUAUGCUUUCUUUCAUCUUCAGCACUGGAAACGAAUAGAAGGUGCUCUUAAUCUGUUACAGUGUACAUGGGAAGGCACUUUUAGAAUGAUUCCACACCCGUUAGAGAAAGGACAUCUAUUUUACCCUUAUCCCAGCUGCACAGAGACGGCUGAUAGAGAGCUGUUACCUACCUUUCAUCAUGUUUCUGUUUACCCAAAAAAGGAGCUUCCUUUGUUCAUCCAUUUCACAGCAGGAUUUUGCUCUUCUACAGCAGUGAUAGCCAUUCUCACACACCAGUUUCCUGAAAUCAUGGGUAUUUUUGCUAAAGCUUAGGAGCAUCACCAUCACCCAGGAGCUCAUGAAAAAUGCAUAACCUCAGGCACCAUUCCAGACCUUCUGAAUCAGAAUCUGCAUUUUAACAAGAUCCACAGGUGAUCCUAUAUAUACAUUUAAAGCUUGGAGAAACUUGCUGUACUCUACCCCCAAUAAGAGGAAUUUAGAACAGCUCGAUAGUGCUGCCUUGUCAAGGUGGAAAAGAGGCAGCAUUGCAGAGUGGUUAUGAAAUAGAUUCUGGAUACAGACUGCUUUGCUUUGAAUUCUAGCCCUGAAACAAUGCUGUACAACCUCGGGUAAGUUACUUAACUUUUUCUACCCUUAGUUGUAAAAUGAGAAUAAUACUACCUCUCAUGGGUUUUGGUGAGUGUUAAAUGACUUUAAAAUAUGCAAGUGUUAGGACUAUGUCUACCCACAGUAAAAACUAGGUGAGUGUUAGCUGUUGUUGCUACCUUUAUUGUCAUCAUCAUCACCAAAGUGCAAUAGUGGGAAACCCUACCCCCUUCUUGUUUAAAGGAGAUAUGUCCUAACAGUCAGCUCAAAACGCAUUUUUCCAUGCGUUUUGGAAACUGUAGUAUAAAUGGUGGUUGGGUAUAAUUUUAAAAACACUAUUAGUAGGCCAGGUGCAAUGGCUCUCAUGCUUGUAAUCCCAGCACUUUGGGAGGCCAAGGCAGGUGGAUCACUUGAGCUCAGGAGUUCAUGACCAGCCUGGGUAACAUGGUGAAACCCCAUCUCUUCCAAAUAUACAAAAAAAUUAGCCAGGCGUGGUGGUGUGCACCUGUGGUCCCAGCUAUUCAGGAGGCUGAAAUGGGAGGAUCGCUUGAGCCUGGGAGGUAGAGGCUGCAGUGAGCCAUUAUUUCACUAUUGCACUCCAGCCUGGGCAACAGAGCAAGACCCUGUCUCAAAAAAAAAAAAUACUGUAAUACUAUGCUUCUGGCACAUUAUGUGUAUAUGAAUGUAGAAAGUGAAGAAAUGUUUCAGGUUCUAGGCACUGGCAAACUACCUUGUAGAACAGAACCUGUUGGUAAGUUGCAAACUGUCUGUGUUAGCAUUUCAAGUUAAUUCAGAUAUUUGAUGGCCAAAUAAAGUAGAAAUUGGUGAAGAAUCUUUGAGACAUACUUGUUCUAUUUCAGAAGAUAGACUUUUAAAAAAUUUCCUAAAUUUCUUUAUUGUUAUCAUUGUCUCUUUCUCAUCUAAUAUCUUUUCGUAAUAGCUCACAUGCCAGAGCAAAUUGAGUUUGAAUUUCUUAAAAUGCAUUUGUUAAAAAAAUUGUGUUACUGUGAGGCCAGGCACUGGAGACUGAUUUUAAAUAAUUCUCACUGUACAUCAGAUUUAGAGAAAUGAAAGGGAAUGAACUAGAAUGGCUAAUGGUUUUAGUGCCUCUUUUUUUGCAUGGUAUAAGGCUAUGUGGAAUAGACUUCAUUUUUUGCAAGUUAGGAUUUUUUUCCCCUGAUUUUUCUCCUGGCUGAGAUGAAAACCUAGUCUGACAUUAGACACAGAACAAUGAAAAAGUGUUGCAUAAAUCCCUGGAGAUGUGGAAUGUGCUUAUAUCAGAGCUGAUAUUCUCUAAGGCCAGAAUUCCUGAAAAAGGAAAAAUUGCUUUUAAGUGGUAGGUCAUUUUCUCACCUGCUUUGAAGCCUGCUGGAUUAAAUAUGAGAGUUCAAAGUAAGGGUAGCCAGCAAACCAACUGAACUGGAAUCUGAUUCUGCUUAUCUGAAAGGAGCUUCUUUAUUUAAGAACAGCACUGCCCUCUCCUUAGAGAACCAGUCUUCUACUCUGGCCCCUUUCAUUUCUCUUGCAAGAAAAGUGUUCUUCUUAGCAAGGAUUGGGAGGGUGUUAUCACAACAGUGAAAAGACUUAAAGAUGGUCUUGGGGGUUUCACUAACUUACUGAUAAACUCAGACUUGUGGUAUGUGACUUUAGUGUUUUGAAUUCAGAAGUGUGUUUAAAUAUUAAAGUCCCUAGUUGGGGCCAGCCAUGGUGGCUCACGCCUGUAAUCUCAGCACUUUGGGCGGCUGAGGCCUGCGGAUCACUUGAGGUCAGGAGUUAGAGACCAGCCUGGCCAACAUGGUGAAACUCCGUCUCUACUAAAAAUACAAAAAAAUUUAGCUGGGCGUGGUGGUACUUGCCUGUAAUCCCAGCUACUUGGGAGGCUGAGGCAGGAGAAUUGCUUGAACCUGGGAGGCGGAGGUUGCAGUGAGACGAGAUCGUGUCGCUGCACUCCAGCCUGGGUAACAGAGCGAGACUCCAUCUCAAAAAAAAAAAAGUCCCUAGUUGGGUUUUAACUAAACGGGGUAGUCUUUGCAAUUUUGGCAGAAAAGGGUGUUACAGGUAAAGGUAGGAAUCAGAGAUUCCCAAAUAAAUUGUUUUAGUCCAGCAAAACUUUGUUGAAGUUUGUUUUACUGAAUGCAUAUUGUAGCUGUGCUGUGAUGGGAAUGGGCUUUGUUUCCACAUAUUUCUACUAAUCUUUAUGUGGGAAAAUGUGGUUGGACAUGCCAAUGAUGAAUUUCUGAGCAACUCAUAAUUGGCUGGCUCCACUGUAACUAGGGCCUUACAAUCUGCUUGAUUAAUUCUUUAAGGACUACAUUAGCCAAGUUGCAUGAUUUCCAAAGAUAUAGAAGGUCAGAUGUUACACUAACAAAGAACCUCUCUACAGAAUGUCUCACUGGGGUUUCUUUACUCCCUUCUCAAAAAUAAUUAAAAUUUUUCUUCCCAAAUUACAUUUUUAAAAGAAUAAGCAGAUAUAAAUGCCAAGUGUCUUUUACUGAAAAGUGAACAAAACUUUUGGGAAGAUUUGUCCACUAUUCUUACCAUUUUUUUUCAGGGAAAAGACUGAUCUUCAGAACCGGGGGAGUUAAUAAACAAUUAUAACUAUAUAUUAAUGUAUACCAAUUGAAAAAUAUAUGAUUUUUUAAAGGUUCUGAGUUUUCCAUUAUUAUAACCUGUGACAUGAUAGUUGUAUACUUCUUUAUUAAAUUCCUAGGGCCACAUUCAGAAAUUAAUGAUUAAAAUAAAUUUCUUCACUUUGUUUGAAAAUGGAUUACUUUCAAAGCUAUGAGACUUUUUUAGUUUGUAAGAACUGAUAGUUUUAAAAACAUUUUGAAAUGUAACUAAACCUACAUUUUUGUAAAAUAUUCUAUAACCAUGCUAUUUCCACAGUUACAAAUCUGAGUUGUUUCCCAGAGAUAAUACAAAUAAUAAAAUAAACCUAUUGUGUGACAGGUCAAAAUUUUUAAAUGUUUACAUAUUUGUUCCAUUGUUGGUGCAUCUAAAGUAUUUGGGCAGUCUGGCAUAUUCAAUUUUAAUUUUCUUUACUAACUGGGAUUUUGGAUCAAGAGAAAAGACGUUCUCUACCUCCUAGAAGGGUAUUUCUCAUGUUUCAUCCUUGUUUUUCUCCUUCAAAAAGAACCACAAUAAGAAAUUUGUGAAAUUGCUGGUAUUAUUAUUCAUCCAGAUUUUCUAAACACUGAGCUCUUCUAAGGGGGAAAGAAAAUAAUAAAAGUUAGGAAAAUGUACUUUUUUUUUUUUUUUUUUUGAGACAGGGUCUCACUCUCUCAUCCAGGCAGGAGUGCAGUGGUGCCAUCUCGGCUCACUGAAACCUGGGCUCAAGUGAUCCUCCCACCUCAGCCUCCCGAGUAGCUGGGACUACAAGUAUGUGCCUCCAUGCUAGGCUAAUUUUUUAAAAUUUUUUAUAGAGAUGGAGUCUCACUUUGUUGCCCAGGCUGGUCUCCAACUCCUGAGCUCAAGCAAUCUGUCCACAUCAGCCUACCAAAAUGCUGGGAUUACAGGCUUGAGCCACCGUGCCCAGCCAUGUCAAUGUACUUAUUAUUAUUAUUAUUGUUAUUAUUUUUGAGACAGGGUCUGCCUCUGUUGCUCAGGAUGGAGUACAGUGGCACCAUCUGGGCUCACUGCAAUCUCCACCUUCCUGGCUCAAACCAUAUGCCCACCUCAGCCUCCCAAGUAGUUGGAACUACAAUAUGUACCACCAUGCCUGGCUAAUUUUUGUAUUUUUGGUAGAGACAGGGUUUCACCAUGUUGGCCAGGCUAGUCUUGAACUCCUGAACUCAAGUGAUCCACCCACCUGGGCCUCCCAAAGUGCUGGGAUUACAAGUGUGAGCCACUGCACCCGGCCAACAAUAUACUUUUUAACGCAUGUGUAUAUCCCUUCCCCAGGGUUUAAUUCAGUUUUAAAGUUUGUAGAAAGCAUCAUUUUUCCCGUUAACAUGUGCCUGUCAAGUAUGAGGUUCACAGAAGCUCUCCCAGAAUUUGUUUCACAUAUGUUUAAUCAUCUUUUCCCCCCUCAAAGUGAAAAUCUCAUUGCUAAAGUUUAGGACAUCAUGUCACUAACUGCUACUGAUAUAUUUAUUGCUUAAUCAUUAGCACUUGGGACACGUGGAGUGCUUAGCAGUUUUUAGAAGAGCUGUGCUUAGAUAUUGAUAUAAAUCACUCAUUCAAAACCCAUUCUCCUAGUGAUAUUAUAAUUCACAAUAGGAAACACUGAUCUUUGUUUUAGAAAACAUCUCUAUCUUGCAGACCCAGCAUAGUCUUCUAAAUUGGGAGAAUCAUGGGGUACAGAAGAAAAUUAUAAUAUUGAGGAAUAGUUUUUAGCUUUUUUCUUGGUGGAGUUUGGCCCCCUUCCCCUACCAAUCAAAUGAACUAAAUUAGUAAGGCUACAUAAUAUAUUACAAUUCUAAACCAAGAGUAACUCAGACUUCAGUUAGUGCUUCAUUUUUUUUUUUUUUUUUUUUUUUUUUUUGAGACGGAGUCUUGCUCUGUCU